AUGACCCAGGCAGUCAAGCUCGCCUCCAGAGUUUUCCACCGAGUCCACCUGCCUCAGCAGCUGGAUGCCUCAUUGGGUUCCAGGGGCAGUGACUCGGUUCUCCGGAGUUUGUCUGACAUCCCUGGGCCCUCUACACCCAGCUUCCUGGCAGAACUCUUCUGCAAACGGGGGCUUUCCAGGCUACAUGAACUGCAGCCAGCACCCUUAGCCCGGGCACAAGCCAAACUGAGAAUCACUGGCCCAGGUAUUCAAAUACGCCGGUUCUCCCAGGUGCAUGGCGCUGCACGGUACGGGCCAAUAUGGUCUGGCAGCUUCGGGACACUUCGCACAGUUUAUGUGGCCGACCCUACACUUGUGGAGCAGCUCCUGCGACAAGAAAGUCCUUGUCCAGAGCGUUGUAGUUUCUCAUCUUGGGCAGAGCACCGUCGCCGCCACCAGCGGGCUUGCGGAUUGCUAACGGCGGACGGUGAAGAAUGGCAGAGGCUCCGAAGUCUCCUGGCCCCGCUACUCCUUCGGCCUCAAGCAGCCGCAGGCUAUGCUGGAACUCUAGACAACGUGGUCCGUGACCUUGUGCGACGACUAAGGCGCCAGCGGGGACAUGGCUCUGGGCUACCCGACCUAGUUCUAGACGUGGCGGGAGAGUUUUACAAAUUUGGCCUAGAAGGCAUAGGCGCGGUGCUGCUGGGAUCGCGCCUGGGCUGCCUGGAGCCUGAAGUUCCUCGGGACACAGAAACCUUCAUUCAUGCAGUGGGCUCGGUGUUUGUGUCUACACUCCUAACCAUGGCAAUGCCCAACUGGCUACACCGCCUUAUACCGGGACCCUGGGCCCGCCUCUGCCGAGACUGGGAUCAGAUGUUUGCCUUUGCCCAGAGGCACGUGGAGCAGCGAGAAGGCGAAGCUGCGGUGAGGAACCAGGGAAAGUCUGAGGAGGAUAUACCGUCUGGGCAUCACUUAACCCACUUCCUUUUUCGGGAAAAUGUGUCUGUUCAGUCCAUAGUGGGGAAUGUGACAGAGCUACUACUGGCUGGAGUGGACACGGUAUCCAAUACGCUCUCCUGGACCCUUUAUGAGCUCUCUCGGCACCCUGAAGUCCAGUCUGCACUCCACUCUGAGAUCACAGCCGCUGUGAAACCUGGCUCCUGUGCCCAACCCCAAGCCACUGCUCUGCCCCGGCUGCCCCUGUUAAAGGCUGUGAUCAAAGAAGUGUUGAGAUUGUACCCUGUGGUACCUGGGAAUUCCCGUGUCCCAGACAGAGACAUCUGUGUAGGAAACUAUGUUAUUCCCCAAGAUACACUGAUCUCCCUGUGUCACUAUGCCACUUCAAGGGACCCCACCCAGUUUCCAGAGCCCAACUCUUUUAAUCCAGCUCGCUGGCUGGGGGAGGGCCCAGCCCCCCACCCAUUUGCAUCUCUUCCCUUUGGCUUUGGCAGACGAAGUUGCAUAGGGAGACGCUUGGCAGAGCUCGAACUACAAAUGGCUUUGUCCCAGAUCUUGACCCAUUUUGAGGUUCUGCCUGAGCCAGGUGCUCUCCCAAUCAAGCCCAUGACCCGGACUGUCCUGGUCCCUGAAAGGAGCAUCAAUCUACAGUUUGUAGAUAGAUAGUCCUAUGGAAGACAGCUGUCAUCACCUCUCUCUAGACAGGUCAGUCUUUGUUAUACACAAAAGACACACUCUCCCUUGAGGCUUGUCUGAGCAGACUUCAGGAAGCAGGCCCUGACCUAUGUGUACUUGGAUUGACGCAGGUGUCCUUUCUCCUCUCAGUACCUCUCCUAAUCAUUCCUCAGGAUCCAAAGCCUCCAGAUUUUAACACAUCUUUAAAGCACCAACUCAGGGGUUAACUACCAACCCCAGGCAGCCUGGGGAGAGAUUCACCCACUGAUCUUUUGGUGCUUACCAUGUUUGUUGAUGCACUGUCUAAGCAUUUAUCACGGUACAAGCUAAGUGACUGCACAUUUGGUCUGCACCUGGUCGUGCCUCUGCCUGACCAUGUGUGCUCUCUGAGAAGAGUGAUGACUGGUCUACUGGGCUUUUAGUUCUUUUCCUUUUUGAGACUGAGUCUUGCUACAUAGUCUAUGCUGUCCUUGAACUCACAACCCCCUCGCCUCACCUCCCAGAGAGUUGGGUUACAGACAUGAGCUACCAAUUCCAGCUUUAUCAGUCUGCCAGGGUCUAUCCUGAGCUACUUGACACCAUACAUUUUCAGAUUGAAUCUGGACCGUGUGGCAGAAGAAACGACCACUCACCAGGCUCUGCCAACCAUUUUCUCUCUUAGUUUUUGCUCUAGGAAAGUAAGCCUGCCCUGCUGAAUCUACAGCAUUUUUAAGCCCCCCUUGGCUCUUCAGCUUUUCAGCCAGUCUAAAGAUGGAUCCACCCAUCUUUUGGCCUGCCCCUCCUCCA